UGCGCUUCCGCCCUCGCCUCGUCUCUGGUCAACGUAGGCGCAGCGGAGAUGGAGUUCAGCACGUGCUGGAGACCUCAGAGACUGAAAUUAACAACCGCGAUACCCAGUAUUCAUAUCGUUCGCUGUAUCUCCAUCUUCCCGUAACCGUUGCUUCUGCUUCCUGGUCCGACGGCGCCCGUGACGCCAUUUAUAUGGAAACGACUCUUGCGACGGAAUGAUUGAUACGAUCUACGAUAUGGACACUGGUGAAUACGAGACUAAUGCAUUAGUAAUUAAUAAUAUAUCUUCUGUCAGCUUCGCUUUCUACGACCCCGUCACCCCGGUCCCGACCUCCUUCGACCCCAGGGCGCUCGAACUGGAGACGACGCUUCGGAAGGAUGGCUUCCUGGCCUACUAUGAUACCGCGCGACGGAGAUUGUGGUGCUUCCAUAUAUGGAGAAAAGACAGGCCUCAGGGAAAUGCAGCCAGCAGUUCCGCGUUCCCGAAAUCGGUCGGCAACGCUGGGUUGUCCUUCUCACUUGUCGAGGAGGGUGCUUUCGAGUCGGCCGCGCUCGCGAAGAAUCGCUUCUAUGGCCCGAACACCGUCAACACACCUGCUAGCUCCUCUUCGUCGGCCGGGUCGUCCGCCCUCGAUUCGGCUUACAGGAGCGUGCCGUCCGCCACCCUUCCGUCGCUUCAGUCCUUUCCGACGCCCACGGCCACAGCCGACCAGGAGUUGAAACUGGUCAGCUCUUCAGUUUUAAUCAGGGACGCCUACCAAUAUUUCAUCUCUGCAGCCCUUUCGGCGGUCUCAUGGAGCUUCUGUGCCAAGACUGGCGCCAUCCCAUUAAGCUGCCAAACGCUGCUUCUUUCCAAAGAAGCUCACCAUAGUUACAGCGCCGCAAUCGCCGUUCUCGCGUCACUGCGUAUAUACCUUACCACGACAGGUAGCCUUGUCAUAUCCCUAGCUCUCUCUCCCGCAGAGGGUAUUAUUAGCCUGUCUCAAAAUAUCGGGCACAUGUUGCCAUCUUUCGGCGUUACCAUAUUAGCCGCUCCGCUCGGAAUGUUUGCCACUUGCCAACCUAGUUCUCUGUCUGAACCUACAGUCGUCGAAAGCAACCUAGGCCAGUCGCCGGAUACUCAGGUUCUACGGAUGCGGUCCGAGAGAGACGACGGUCCUUGGCGCAGCUUUUGUGCCAAAUUUCUACAGGCCCGUAACGUCCCAUGUACCCCGAACGGGUCCCAGAACUGGAUUACCCUUCAUCGGAUGCGCCGAAAGCCUGUAGAGCAGCCCGUCGAUGGGAAAAGAACUCCCCUAGCAGGCUCUUACAGCGUAUCGUGGCCCGCCAACCUUUGCUUUUGUAAGAUAUUUUCGCGACUGGCAAUCAGAGCCGACACGGAGGAGCAGUCAACGUCCUCCCCCGACCGGUGCUUCGAUACUCUAAAAGCUGCGAGGAGUUGGUUUCAAGGCGCUAGGGAACGAGAUGAACUGUUAGCGAAAAACAUGAAGGAGAGGGAGGUUGCGGUAGCUCGUGACGCCGCAGACGGUCAAGCCCAACACGCGAAUGGACAUUCCCCUUUAACCUUACAACGGUUGGGUAACGCCGGAAUGCUUACAGGGGGCCUGUACCCAACGCCACCCGAAGGUAGCCAAAAUCAUACAGAGCCUCAAUCGUUGGAUGGCACAGGAUCCAGUCCUGGGAACAAUGCGACGACCACCACAACAGUCGAAAUCGAUGUUGUUCACAAUACUCAGUCCCUUAAUGAUGGCUGGGAAAACAUGGAAGCGAAGCGCGAGCGUAUAGGCGCCUCGUUCGAAUCUGAGAAUCUCUUCGGCGAGCUUGGCCCCGAUAUGUUUGGAGACAAUGAUAUUACCGAAGCCGAUUUCAACUUCUUCGACGAACAACCGGGUGAUAUGGGUCUAGGCUCUCUAGGUCUCCCCGAUCUUCCCGACGUAGGUUCAAACAUGGACCUUACGGCAGAUCUUCCGAUGGCACCGGAGCCCCAACUCAAGGCAGACUCUUCCGACAUCCGAUUGCCUAGCAUCCCCACUGCCCCAACGUUCGCGAAGCCCGAGCUUCGGCAUGCGAGAAGUUCACUCGGAGAGGAAGCACGACGCCAAGCCGGAUCCGAGGCCUACCGGUCCCAAUCCAGGGGGGUAAAGAGACCUGCUAGCCCAUUCGAUCCAGAUACCGUGUUUAAAAGGAUCCGAGCAUCCCUCGAUAACUACGAGGCCACCCGAAAAAACUCAUGCAUCAAGGUCUCUCGCCAGGGGAGCAUCUUCGACAAGGUAAAUUUUGGGCCAAGCUUGUCCAUCGUGAAUAGCAAGUACGAGGGAAACGGUCGGUACGGCUAUACCAUCGACCGACCGAAAGAGGCCAGGCCGUCUCAUUUGAACGAGCCGCCUAUGACGGACUAUCUCCGGCGCCAUGCGAAGAAUCGGAAACUUCUAAAAGACGCGCCUUCUAAUGUGGGGCAGCUCUUGAUCCGCGCGUCUGGUAUUCAAGUCCCUGCGUUGAAUCGUGAAAGCCCCUCGAAUAUCGAGGAAAUCCACUCAGAUGCCGAUGAAGUAAGCCUUGUGUCCGAUCAAGAUGACUCGAGUUACGACAGUGAUGAGCCGUUGUCACCAGUCAAGUCUCUGAGCAUGAGGCGGCGGCUGGUUGACGACGACGGAGAGUCGCUUGCUACCUCGUUUAGGGAGUUCGAGUCUGUAGACAUGAGCUCGCCGCAUCUGUCCCUAGACCUCCCCCAAAGCUACAAAUCCGAAGCAGACCUCUCUCUCACCAAAUAUUUCGCCGACCCGGAGCCUCCCUGGACUCAAUAUUCCCUACCGGAUGAUCAGUUGAUAAUGGCUGCGCAAAUCCUGACCGACCAGUUCUCCACCUGCACCCUCUUAGUUGGCACUGCAUCUCCGCCGCUCGAAUCAAGAACCGACCGGCGUCGCCAGCUUACCGGGCUGGCCCGCAAGUCGAUUCAAGAGAUUAAGUCUAGUCUCCCUCCUUGCUUCGGACUAGCUGUCGAGUACCAAUUCCGACCCUUCAUCGAGCUCCAAGAUGUGCCUCUGCUUGGCCAGCCGACCAGGAUGCAGCCGAGGCCCCCAGGCGUCGAUCAGAUGAGGCCGAGCAACUUGUUCCAAAUCCCCUCUCCCCAUUUUGAAUUACGGCGAUAUGAAUCGAAGCUCUCUGUCCUUCCGUCGGCCGUUUCCUUCUGGGAGAGUUUAGGGCUAAGCCCAUCUCCGGGAAACAAGGAUGUCAAUGCCAUCUGCAUAUUUCCCGAUUACGAAGGCCUCCUAGAUGAUAUGCUCGUAUUCACAGACCGAAUGCGCAGCGUGUACGAGUCGUUAAAACUAGGCUCGUUCAACCGCUUACCGACGACAUCUGGCGUGGAGAACGGAAUAUUCCCCGUUAGCGUCGACAAAGACGCGGCGCCAUUCAGCAAAACCUCCCCCUUCCUGAAGCCAGCAUUAGCGAGCUGCGUAUCCAAAGUCUGCCAAGUGCUCGCAUCCAUAACGGCCGAAGAAGUCAAUUUUGUGGUCUUCUUUGUCUACUCCCCGGACCUGGCCGGAUCUAUAGUUGAAUGUUGCGUGAUCUUCAACCAAAUAUUUGAAGGCUACAAGAGAUUGAUGUCCAGCAAAAAGUUGCCCAUCGUCAACAACCUAGCCCUGCAGUUGGUACCUCAGGAAUUCGUGGCAUCCGCGAGUACGGUUGCUAUGCCAUCCCCGUUCGAUUUCUCCAGGCUGGCGAUGGAGACAUACGACAGGUGCACUCAAUUCAAUAGCGCCACGCCAUCACCAUCUAUCGUGCUCGAACAACCACCCCCGCGGAUGAUUGAUUUCAAGUUAACAACGGUCCCAUCCGCAUCCUUAUUACACGAGAACACGUGCCUCCACAUUGCCUAUGCGCAAAGCAUAGAUGGCAGGUGGAUCACCGCCGCGUGGACGGAUAAUAGGGGCAGUCAACAAAUGACGGCCUCGUACUGCUUAGGGAGAAAGGGAAAGUCUCUGUCAACCUCUCUUGCGGAUAUUGCAACGGAGAUCUGGGGGGCGACCCGUGAUUUUAUCUCCACCUGGAAAGUACACUGGCGAAUUAUUAUCGCAAAAUGCGGUACGAUGGAGCAUUCCGAGAUAGAACUUUGGUCAGGCCUCGCACAGGCAGAAUCGAAAGCAUCAGUGAGCUUGACGCUCGUCACAGUAGAUACGGACCCGUCUCUACAGUUACUGCCACCUGUUGUCAAGGUUCCUAGUAGCGUAUUGUCUGUGUUCUACACAACUCCAGUCUCGACACCACAGGGGUCCAUGGUGUCCCCAGAGCAAAGCGGGAACCCCCCCACCCCUAUACGGGAGAAUGCGGCUACGGGCGCGCCGACACCGAACGAGAACAACGCGACGGAGUCGGAUGCCGACUCUACGUUGACGGAGAUUACGGACCAAACUUGGGGCGCCGUCCUAUCGCACAGGCUGAACAAUUCCGUCUCCAUGACAGAGCUCUCCCCCGCCCUCGUCAGCGGGUAUCUGGUAAAGCGAGGCGGAACCCGAAUCGAGGAUCCGCCCGUAGUUCUCGAAGUCAACAUCGUCCACAACGAAGGAAAUCCUAGAGCAUAUGAGGCACUACUGCGGGAGAUGCUUAUAUGUUACCGGGGGCUAGGAACCCUAGCCAGGGCACGCGGGGUGGUGGACAGAGAGACAGACAUCCGUCCCUGGCAUAUAGCAGCCGCCGAGAAAGCCGUCAGGGCGCUGUACACGCUAAUGUGAUAUAGGAAGCGACGAUGAUAGGUCGAAGAUAUUGUACAUAGGAGUCGCGUGGUGGGCAGAGCAGUAUUACUAGAAACGACAUACAAUACCCGGCUUUGUGGCUUUGAUCGAAUACAUUUACAUUUACCAAUACUAUUUCGAGGGACGAC